CUCCUCUGUGGAAAAAAUGGCAAGAGAAAUCUUUCCACUCAUCUUACUCCUAACAGUGGCGAAUUUAGCCCACUGUCAGGACUGGGAGAAUCUUCUCUUCACCAAGAUGGGAGAAGUGCUGGAGAAGCAAGAAGCAGCCUUAAUGAAGCAAGAAGCAGCCUUGAGCCAGAUGAAGGAAAUGCAGGAGAAACUUCAACACAUCGAAAUUAACCUUCAAGAACUUCACCAAGAGAUGGAACAACUGAAAGGUACAACGACAGACAGCCAGGUCUCUCUGCAAAGGAUCCAUCAGGAAACCAGAGACUGCCUUGGAAGGGAGGACUUGGAACACUUCAGAAACAUAUCAUCAGCAGCACAACAAGAACUGGAAACUACCCUUCACCAGGAAAUUUCUGGAGUCAUCUCUUUGUUAGAGACUGAUGAGUGCUCAGAGGGAAGCCACAACUGCGGUGAUCAUGAAGCUUGCACAGACAAGCUUCUGCAAUUCUCCUGCUCCUGUCUGCCCGGAUUUGCACGGAAUAGUUCGCGCUGUGAAGACAUCGACGAGUGCGCCCAAGGGAAGGACGACUGCAGCCCCCUGGCAACAUGCAGGAAUUCCGUUGGGAGUUACAGCUGCUCCUGCAACCCACCUUUCGAGGGAGAUGGGCGAGCAUGUUCGUGCCCUUCUGGCUUUGCACAGAGGGGUUCAAAUUGUGAAGACGUAGAUGAGUGCAGCGUCCAAGGGAAGGCCGAGUGCAGCUCCCAGGCGACCUGCAGGAACUCCUUUGGGAGUUACAGCUGCUCCUGCAACCGAGAUUUCAGGGGAAAUGGACGAACCUGUGAGAUCGACUGCAGACCAGGCAAGGUCUUCGAGGGUCUUGGAUGCGUGAGGACUAAGCAGAAAUUCGAGACCUUUGAGCAGAUGAAUGCCACCUGCCGAGAGGCUGGUGGUCGUCUCUUGCAAGAAUUCACAUCUACAAGUUUGCAGGAAGUUGGUUGGGCUUUUGAUUAUUAUGGAUGGCUGGGAGUACACGAGGGGAAAUGGCUGGAAAGCGGACUCCCUCUACAAGAGGAGCUUUGGAUGGAAGGUUCCCGGGGUUCAGACCCUUCCGGGAGGAGGCGAUGUGGUGUCCUAGAUUGGGAUCGUUCUUCUGCUUCGUACAAAGUGGGUCAAAUUGAUUGUUCAGAAAAGGGUUGGGGUCUAUGCCAGUUUGUAUUCCAACAGAAGUAGUCAGUCAACAUGAGGCUGAUCUGUGUGAGGAGGAGGAGGCAGAAUAGUAAUAAUAAUAAUAACCCUGAAUAAAUAAUCGUUUUUUGACGAAAACUACUUUGUGAAGAUUUCCCUUCUUGUGAGGAUUAUAAUUGUAUUGCUGAGGAAGAGAACUAUGUUGUUAUUAGAGACAUAUUAUAUGUUAUAUGUUAUAUGAUAUUCAUUCAUUUAGAUUCUUGAAGUCUUCCUUCUUGGCUGACAUAAUAUUGACUCUGUUGCUUUUCAUUGAUGCUGUUGUUCUGUGCAAACCUCCUCUAAGGAUAUAUUAAUAAUGAUGAUAAUAAUACUUUUGUGCUUUGCAAAGGGUAGUUCAUAUAUAGAUGACCAUAACCUUAUAUUAGACACUUUGUAACUAUUAUGGGAAAUGUUUGACAUAAAACAGAAUUGUUAUUAUUCUCUUCAAUGUGACAUUUCAACAAUAUAUUAUGCAUGUUCA